AUGACAGAUCACCGGAAACCCAAGAGGUACAAAAAUCUUUUGUCAUGGUUUACAAGUGGUGCUCCAUCAAGUGAUAGUGUCGAUGGGAUUAGAAGUGGGAGUGGGAGUGGGAGUAGAAAUGUGACUGAGAAUUCUGUUAAUGAUGUCCCUUUAAACACUUCUCCAUCUAUUCCAUUAGAAGAGUGUCAUAAUGAAAGAAUUGAGAGAGAAGAAAGUUUUGAUGUUAGUUCUCUUGAACGUGAUCCAGGAAUAAGGAGUCCAAUAUGCAAGUACCCUUUGAAUCAGCGUGAUAAUAUUCAAAGAGCUUAUGUGGUCUUAGGACCUUACCCAUCCCAUCAUCCAGUAUUUACUGAGCAUGGGUUUCAAGGUUGGAAGAAUGUUAUGUCAAAAAAAUCUGGCGUUGUCUAUCACAUGGGAGGCAUAAAUUCCCCACAUAAUAUUGCCAUGCACAAGUGGGAGUCACUAAGAAACCCAUCUAAGCAUAUUGAAAGAGUGAUUAGCACACAAUCAUCACAAGAAAUAGCAGACCACCGACUCCGGCUUAUUACGACUAUAGAGAGUGUACGGUUGUUGGCACGCCAAGGUUGUGCUUUUAGAGGCCAUGAUGAAUCGGUUAAUUCAUCAAAUGGUGGCAAUUUCAAUGCGGUUGUGGAUUCCUUUGCAAGAAUGAAUGUGGAUGUUCGCAAAGUCUUACAAAAUGCUCCUGGUAAUGCCAAGUAUAUUUCUCCCCUUAUUCAAAAACAAAUUCUAAAUAUACUUGGUAACAAAGUUAGAAUCAAGAAUCGGGAGGAAGUGGGAGAUGCCAAAUUUUGUAUCCUUGUUGAUGAAGCUGUUGAUGUAUCUAAUAGGGAACAAAUGGCUAUCAUUCUUCGAUUUGUUGAUUGUGAUGGGUUUAUUAGAGAACGGUUUUUCAAAGUGCUUAGUGUGGCAGACACUUGUUCUCAAACUCUAAAAGAUAAGAUAUCUAAAGUCCUUACUCAAUAUGAUCUUCAAGUAGAAAAUAUGCGUGGGCAAGGAUAUGAUGGUGCUAGCAACAUGAGGGGUGAAUUUAAUGGUUUGCAAGCUUUGUUUCGUGAAGAGUGUCCAUAUGCAUAUUAUGUUCAUUGUUUUGCUCAUCGCUUACAAUUGACUUUAAAUGCUGCAGCUAAAGGGGUGCAUGAUAUUUGGGAAUUCUUUUCAACUCUAAGUUUGAUUGUAAAUUUUGUUGAUUCUUCUGCAAAAAGACAUUCAGCUUUGAGAGUUAUCAGAGAAGAAGAAAUUGCAAAUUUAGUGGCUACUGGAGCACUUGAGACUGGUAGAGGUGCUAAUCAGACUUGCACUUUGCAACGAGCCGGGGCUACUCAUUGGGGUUCACAUCUUCGCUCUAUUUCAAAGUUGGAUAGUAGAUUUACAGAUAAUUCGUUGGAGCUCCUUAUUCUUAGUGCUACAUUUGAUCCACGCGAUAAUUUUCGAUCAUUUAAAUGUGAAGAUGUUUGCAAUCUUGCUUUGAGGUUUUAUCCUCAAGAUUUUACAUCAUAUGAUAUGCUUGCUCUAGAUAUGGAGUGUGGGUAUUUUCUAGCAGAUAUUCAGAAGGAUCCAAGAUUUGCCAACAUAACUACUGUGUCUGAUUUGUGUCGGCGGUUAGUUGAAUCAAGAAAGUCAGCAUUCUUUCCUAUGAUUUAUAGAUUGAUUUGUCUUGUGCUGACUCUGCCAGUUUCUACAGCAACAGAGAGAGCAUUUUCAUCUAUGACCAUCAUAAAAAACAAACUUCGAAAUAAGAUGGAAGAUGAGUUUUUUGGUGAUUUGAUGGUUCUCUACAUCGAAAAAGAAUUUGCCGAUAGCAUUGAUAAUGAUUCUGUGAUUGCUGAGUUUGAACUCAGUGAGUCUAGAAGGGUACGAUUUAGUUAG